AUGGACAGACAUUUUCACCCUUCGUGCUGCUGAUACAGUAACAAAUGAAGAAGUCAAAGAGCUCCAAAUUGAAGAAGACCAAGAGUAGCAAGAAAAACUCACUAGAACAAUGGCUGCAGCAGCCGAUGGCUUGGGAAGCAUAGCUCUAGAUACCACGCAACUGAACAUGUCAGUCACUGAUCCAGCAGCUUGGGCAACUGCUAUGAAUAACCUGGGUAUGGUUCCAGUGGGAUUAGCUGGACAACAGCUUGUGACGGAUUCAAUUUGUGUACGAAGCUUUGAUCCAAACCUAAGCAUGAUGACAGGAAUCACGCCAAUUAACCCCAUAUUGCCAGGUAUGGGAUUAGUACCCCAGCCACCAACGACAGAGGUGCCUGUCAUCAAAGAAAUAAUUCACUGUAAAAGCUGUACACUCUUCCCUCCAAACCCAAAUCUCCCGCCACCUUCAACGAGAGAGAGACCUCCAGGAUGUAAAACUGUGUUUGUCGGAGGCUUGCCAGAAAACGCUACUGAGGAAAUUAUUCAGGAAGUCUUUGAGCAGUGUGGUGACAUCACAGCAAUUCGGAAAAGCAAGAAGAAUUUUUGUCACAUUCGUUUUGCAGAAGAGUUCAUGGUUGAUAAAGCCAUUUACCUUUCUGGUUAUCGCAUGAGAUUAGGAUCUAGCACAGACAAAAAGGAUUCAGGUCGCCUUCAUGUUGAUUUUGCGCAGGCAAGAGAUGACUUUUAUGAAUGGGAGUGUAAGCAGAGGAUGCUGGCAAGAGAGGAACGUCACAGGCGCAAAAUGGAAGAAGAUCGAAUGCGGCCUCCGUCUCCUCCAGCGAUAAUGCAUUAUUCGGAACAUGAAGCAACUUUGCUGGCUGAAAAAUUGAAAGAUGACAACAAAUUUUCAGAGGCCAUUACCGUGCUGCUUACCUGGAUAGAGCGAGGUGAGGUGAACCGUCGCACGGCCAACCACUUCUAUUCGAUGGUGCAAUCGGCCAAUAGUCACGUCCGCCGACUCAUGAAUGAAAAAGCAACUCAUGAACAAGAAAUGGAGCAAGCCAAGGAGAAUUUCAAAAAUGCCUUAACAGGGAUCCUCACUCAAUUUGAGCAGAUUGUGGCCGUUUUCAACGCCUCCACCAGACAAAAAGCUUGGGACCAUUUCUCGAAAGCUCAGCGCAAGAACAUAGACAUUUGGCGAAAGCACUCUGAGGAACUCAGGAAUGCUCACAGUGAGCAGCUUAUGGGGAUCCGUCGAGAGGAAGAAAUGGAAAUGUCUGAUGAUGAUAGUAUUGACAACAAUCCCAGUAAUAAAAAACUGAGAGUUGACGAAUCAGCAUUAGCCGCUCAAGCAUAUGCACUCAAGGAAGAAAACGACAGUCUCCGAUGGCAACUGGAUGCAUACCGAAAUGAGGUGGAACUCCUGAAACAAGAGAAAGGGCAGCUAUUUCGGACAGAAGAAAGCCUGACGAAGGACCAGCAGCUGCAAUUCUUGCAGCAAACGUUACAAGGCAUGCAGCAGCAACUGUUGAAAAUCCAAGAAGAAUUAAACAACAAAAAGUCAGAACUUGAGCAAGCAAAAGAAGAGCACACACACACACAGACCAUGCUGAAAAUUCUUCAGGAACAGUUAAAAAAAAAUACCAAGGAGUUAGCAGAGACUAAUGGCCAUGACGAAUCUCAGGCAAAUGAAAUCAAUGUGUUGACGGUACCAUUGGUCAACCAAGACAGAGAGAAAAAUUCUGAGAAGCGAAGCCAACCACUAAAAUCAGAGAAAGAGGCGCUGUUGAUAGGUAUCAUAUCAACAUUUCUUCAUGUCCAUCCUUUUGGAGCUAAUAUAGAAUAUCUUUGGUCUUAUAUGCAGCAGUUGGACUCCAGGAUCUCUGCAAACGAAAUAGAAAUGCUUUUGCUGAGACUUCCACGCAUGUUUAAGCAAGAGUUUUCUGGCGUAGGAGCAACGCUGGAGAAGAGGUGGAAGUUCUGUGCCUUUGAAGGGAUUAAAACAACUUGACUGUGGAUUGUA